AUGUUGAAGGAGGACUCAUUGGAUGAUGCUGUCAAGAAUGAAUUUACCAAGCGACUCAAGCAGCAGGCACAAGGUGCCCAAGUGCCUCCUUCAUCCAUGAAGGACUGCUCCUCUAAGAAGAGCCACCUACACAAGGAAAAUCAAGAGGAUAAUGAAGAUGAUUUCAUGUUCGACAAUCCACACACCGUUGAUGAUGAUCCUGAGGAUGCAAGCCACAUCGAAGAGUCUACCCCCCACUCUGAAGACUCACAUGAGCUGGUACCUGAGACACCCAUUCAUCGAUCGCAACGUCAUCAUCAUCAUGAUGAAUCGGAUUCGCCUCCUUAUGUUCCCCCAACACAGAUUAGUUGUGGGCAUGUUGGGAAGCGCCUUGAGGAUAAUGAGGAUGAAGGGGAGGGGAGGGAUGAGGAUGAAGAGGAGGUGAAGGAUGACAAGGAUGAUGAAGGUAGGGAUGAAUCAGCUGAGAUCAAUAAGAAUGAGGAGUGUGAUGAACAGCAGCCCUCCAGGCCUCCAAAAUGCCAAACCAGGAUGAUGGUCAAGCUGAAAGAGGCUGGUGGCUCCAAGCCUUCUGUGCGUGUCUCCUCCAAUGCCACCCUUGGGGCCAAAGCACAGCCAUCAAAGGGAAAGAUGGCUAUCAAGGUCUUGAUCCUGCAUCUGCAAUGUAGUGGCUCUUUCUAUUAG